AUCACAACCAAACAACACCAUCAUCAAAAUCAUCCAACUUGCUAGAGAGUCCACAGAAAGAAAAUCGAAGUCUAGAUCCAAACACACACACAACACAGCUAAUAGAAAAAUACAUAAAUUUUCAAUUACCUGUUUCUGAAUAUGGAAGACAACACAUCCAAGUCCCCAAAAGAAGAGAAGGAAAAACCUCAAGAAGUGGCACCACCACCACCAGAAGAAGCAGCAGCGCCGCCGCCAAAACAAGGGGGUGGUGGUGGUGGAUGGGGCGGUUGGGGUUUCUCUCCGUUCUCUGUUUUGUCAGAUCUCCAGAAGGCCGCUACUGUCGCUGCCGAAGAGAUCUCUCGCAAUGCUGUUGAGGCUGCCAAGACUGCAGCAAAGAGCAUUGCGGAUAUGCAGAAUGUGGUUGAGGAGGACUCAGAAUCUUCGAAGGAGGAUGAUAUGAAAGGAUCUGCAGUUGAAGGAGAAAGUGAAGAUGAGAAUGAUAAACGGCGGAAGGCUGCUUUGGAUAAAUUGGGAAAGGCUAGUGAAGAUACAAUCCUUGGCCAGGGUUUAAAGGUUCUUGAUAGUUCUGUGGAGAAUUUUGCUUCAGGGGCAUGGCAGGCAUUAGGAAGCGCAUUAAGAGGGGGUUCUGAUUUUGUUCAAAAGCUUGAGAACUCUGCUGUAAACAUUGCUGAAUCUAUUCAACAGGGGGGUAUACCGGUGGCUGGUUCUGUUGCCCCAUCCUUCAUAGAGAGUGGAAAAGCUUUUACUGCAAAGGGAAUGCAAGUGCUUGAGCUUGUAGGCAAGGAGACCAUGGAUCUUCUGAUUACAGAAACUGGUAUUGAAGUUGAUAAGAAGGGAGCUCAAGCACAAGAUGACGAGGAUCAAUUGUUUGAAGAAGUGACAUUUGAUAGAUGCUUCUACAUAUACGGAGGUCCAGAACAGUUGGAGGAAUUGGAGUCUUUGUCCAACCACUAUGCUUUGUUAUUUAACCGAAGAAAAGCGAAGCUAUUAUCCGAACAGAAGUCCUUUUAUGACGGAAAGCUAAAACAGGUGCAACAAAUUUUCAGUUCAAGUUCUGAAAUUGAUGAAAGUGCCACAGCAUCAGGAAAAGGAAAGAAAAUAGAGACUGGAGCUGAGGGGAGUGCUGAUGAGAUGAAGAAUCUACACGACUCAAGUGUCAAAAAGGCUGCUGAAAUGGCUGCAGGCUUCACAAGCACACUAGCAGGACUGGCCACAAAUGACGUAGUCCAGAGAACUGCUGGUAGAUUGGAUUCUCUUCAUUCAGAGGGGGUUCAUAGGCUCUCGGAAAUGUGCUGCUAUGCAGUGUCCCAGCUUCUGAUGCUUGGGAAAUCAGUCAUAUCUAAUGCAAACAAAGGCCAGGACAAAGAUGUUGAUGAGGAUAUGUUGGAGAUCAAUUGGCCAGAGGAUUCUGUCGAAAAAGCUGAGAUAAUCAGAACAAGGGCACAAUCAAUGACUGGAAAUGUGGAAGCAGUGUGCAACAGUUUUGUCACUGGCAUAGCUGACGUAGCUGAAGCUUACAUAGCAGCCAUAAAAGGUGCAACCGCUGACUCGCAAGAAGUUCUUCCACAGAAAUCAAUUCAAGAAAAAGCCAAUGCAUUCUCCGAGAAUCUUCGUUCUGAUCAGAACACAGCCGUGGGAAAAAUUCAGGAUGGGCUCCAAUACUUAUCGUAUGUAGUUCUUUCAACCUCGAUGCCAGCAGCUUGAAGUUUGAGUUCUUUACUUGCUUGGUUAUUAUCUUACUAUUUCUAUUUGUAAAUACCUGACUUCUGAAUGGUUCUUCUCAAGAGUAGAAGAAACCUUGUAUUGGAAAAGUCUACAAUUUGCAGUUGUUGAACUGUCUAUUUCCCAUCAUUUUUCUAAGGGAAAGAACAUAAAUUUGACAUGGAUUGAGAAAAAGAAAGUCUUUUAUGCUUAUCAUUUAUGGAUUCUAGAUAGUCACCUGCUGUGUAAUAAAGCUUUGUCUAAUUGUUUGGUA